AUGACACGUAAUCAUAAAUCUGAACUAACUUAUUCUCCAAGUCUUUCAACAACAAAUACAAGCGUUAAUGAUGAGGAUUAUUUUAAUUUGCCUGAUCUUUCCAACUUAAAAGAUAAUGAAAAACAGCAUAUAUUAAAUGUUUUAGGACGUGAUGAAAGUCUUCGUAGUAAACAUUUAUCACGUUUUAUGCAAUUAAGAAAAGAAGUAAAUGAACUUGAACAACAACCUCAAUCAACAUCAACAUCUGUAUGUGCUCGAUGUCAAGCACCAUUCGGUUAUAUAUUUAAUACAGGUGCUAUGUGCCCAAAAUGUGGUGCAAAAGUUUGUAAACAAUGUCGACUUAUGUAUAAUGUUAAUGAUAAUGGAUGGUUAUGCCAAUUAUGUUGUAAACAGAUGCAAUUAUUGAGUUAUUCUGGUGAAUGGAUAUAUGGUCUUCGAAGUAAUCUUCGUAAAGAUUCAUUGAGUGGAUCGGAAAUUAUACGCAAAUCACUUUCACCUACAGUUUCCAUUCCAAAUUUAAAUCGUAUAUCAAGUUCGGAUACUGAAACUGAAGAUGUCAGUAAUUCAUCCUUUAGAACAAAUUCACCGUUCCCAAAAAAGGAACUUAAUCAAAAAAUUUUAAAUAAUAAUAAGAUCAAUCGAAUGAUUGUUCAAACACUAGCAGAUGAAGAUAAAUUAAAUUCCAUUAGACGAACUGUUGAAAAACGUCCAUUUCCUAUUACGCCAACUAAACCAAUGCCUUCACAAAUUCGUCAAUUUCCACCUGCAAAUAUUUUAACAGGUGGUUCAUCAGAUGAUGUUGAUUCAUUAUAUGAUCACUCAGCAAAUCAUACAGAUUAUACAUCAUCACCAAGUAAUCGUUUGAAUAGAAAUGGUAAAUACCAAGAAAGAAGUUCAUCAACACCAAGAAGUACUAAUUCAUCAUCAACAAAGCAAAAUGGACGCAGUCAAAUAAUAAAUAAUAAAAAUAUAGACAGACGUCCUAUUGAUUGUGCAUCUGUUACAUCAUCUGAAUGGGGUACAGAGUCAGAAAGAGGUGAACCAAAUUUACCACCACAAGAUACUUCAAUAAGACCUAAAUUAGAAAAAAAUGAUUCAAAACAAAGUUUGGCAUCACAUAAGCAUCUUAGUGGUUCAAAACAAAGUUUGUCAUCACGUAAGCAUCUUAGUGGUUCAAAACAAAGUUUAUCAUCACGUAAAAAUAUUAGUGGUUCAAUGCAAAGUUUACGUGAUAUUGUACUUCGUAUUCAAAAACCACAUCUAUCGAGAUCACGUACAUCACUAAAGUCUGAACAAAAACCUGAAUCUGAAACUUUAGAUACAACAUCUUCACAAAUACUUAAUCAACCAAGUCCAUCAAGUAUGUAUCCGACGUGGUCUAGUGGUUAG